CUUUCAUAAAACUAGAGCAUUUCAUACUCUCAUCUCCUAGCUAUCCUUCACCCAAAAUCAAAUAAAAAAAAAGCCCUAAAUUGACUGGCUUUAGCAAAAGAAGUUCAUCAUCGUCAUCCUUAAGGACCCAAAUCCAUCAUCUCCUCUGAACCCACAGUUCCUGCAAAGAAAAACAUGCAAGUUCUCUUUUUUCCCUCCGGUCGCGCGGUUCGUUUUUUGCGCGUGUUUGUUGCAUUAAAUUGAAAUAAUUUGCAUAAUUUCAGACUUCGUUUAGCUUAAUAUGGAAGACAAAGAGGAGAUCAAGAUGAAGACUCCGAGAUUGAAGAAGCCAAAGAGGAAGAAGUACACUCCUAAGGUUAUUAGAGAAGUAAAAUGUGUUGUGAGAGUUCCAAAGACUCCGCCGAAGUUGAAGGAAAAAACUCCGGCAAAGAGAAAGUAUAUCCGCAAGGAGAAGAGGAAGAAUGUAGAAGCUGAUAUUCAAGAAACUGUAGAUGUGAAGAGAGAACUUGAAUUUGAUGAUGUAGAAGAAGAGAAGGCGAAAGUAGUUGUGAAAAGGGAAGAGAGAGUCUGGAUAACUUAUGAGCGGCGGCGGAGGAAGAAAAACGAAGAAAUUUUGAGCGAGGUAGAAGUGAAAACGUUGAGGACGUAUGCUCGGAGGAAGAAGAAAGAUGGUAGCUCAGUUAUUACUUCGAUAGAUGAGAAUUCAAAGGAUCGUAGGGGAAUAAAGAGAAGCUACAGUCUUAUCGAAAACUCUACUCCGGACAGUGGUUUUCCUGUAAAGAAAAUAAGCAGGAGGGAGAGGGGAAAUAUUGAGAGAGUGAAUGAAAAAUGCAACGCAGAUCCUCCGAAAAUUUGUAAGGAAAGAAGUGUGUGUGAAGAUCACAAUGCAGGUACCUUUCCCGUAAAUUGCAGGAAAAGAAGAACAUAUAGGAUGAACAAGCAGGCCACUGGAUGGAAGAAUAUUCAUGUAAAAAUAAAUGAUGAUGCUGAGUUACAAAUGGCCAUAGUUCCUUAUGCUAAUGGAAGGGGUCAGAUGGUUCGCUUCAUUGUUAAGAAGAAGAAGAAGAAGAAGAAGAGGAUAAGGGCACAAGUUGAUUUAGAUCCUGAGACGAACAGAGUCUGGCAACUUUGGAUGGCAACAGGAAGAAUUGACGACGGAGAUGAACAGAUAUGGUGGGAGGAAGAAAGGAGAGUUUUCUCUGAACGAGUUUAUUCUCUCAUCGCUCGAAUGCAUCUAAUCCUUGGCGAUAGAAGCUUUUCCAGAUGGAAAGGGUCAGUUCUGGAUUCAGUGACUGGCGUUUUCCUGACCCAAAAUACAGCUGACCAUCUUUCGAGCUCAGCAUUUAUGAGCCUUGCUGCAACAUUUCCUCUUUUGGAGACCAGUGAAAAUGAGCAAAUCAAUGAAGCGAAAUCAAGUUUAAGAAAUGAGGAAUGCACAACCCAAAUGGGUUCAGAUGAGAUUUUGAAUACAUCAAAAAGGAAAAAGGUUAAAGCCAAAAUCAAUAAAAAGAAUUAUGAUUGGGAUACCUUAAGGAAAGAGAUACCUCACAAGGGUGUCAGUCAAGAGAGGAGCAAGGAUACUAUGGAUGCUCUCAAUUACGAUGCAAUAAGAUGUUCUGAAGUGCAUGACAUAUCUCAGGCAAUUAAAGCGCGAGGCCAACAUAACAAUAUUGCAGAGAGAAUCAAGAAAUUACUUAAUUGUUUAGUCAGAAUUCAUGGAAGCCUCGAUCUUGAAUGGCUAAGGGAUGUUCCGCCCAACAAAGUGAAGGAAUACCUCCUAAGUAUACAUGGUUUAGGUCUCAAAAGUGUCGAAUGUGUUCGCCUUUUAUCGCUUCACCAAGUAGCUUUUCCUGUUGACACUAAUGUGGGUCGUAUUUGCGUAAGACUGGGAUGGGUCCCACUUCAACCCUUGCCAGAGUCCCUUCAGUUGCAUCUUUUAGAAGGGUAUCCCAUGUUGGCAACCAUUCAGAAGUACCUCUGGCCUCGGUUAUGUAAACUUGAUCAGGAGACACUGUAUAACUUGCACUAUAUGUUAAUUACUUUUGGCAAGGUUUUCUGUACAAAGAGCAAUCCUAAUUGCAACGCAUGUCCGAUGAGAGGAGAAUGCAAGCACUUUGCAAGUGCAUGUGCGAGUUCGAGGCUUGCACUUCCAAGACCGCAGGAAACAAGUUCAGUAAGCUCAGUUGUUAUUGCCUCGGAAAGAGGCCAUGUCCCAGCUUAUAAUCAAAAUUAUCUCUUAGCUCAACUUGAAGAGCAACGACAUGUGAAAAUUGUCACAGCAAACUGUGAGCCCAUUAUUGAAGAACCUGCUACGCCAGAGCCCCAAUAUUUUGAAACAUCAGAAAUGGAUAUCGAAGAUCUUCUUCAUAAUGAUCCAGAUGAAAUUCCCAUUAUAAAUCUCUGUGGAAAGAUUAAACAAAAUCUAAGGAAUUAUAUGCAAGAGAACAGUAUGGGUCUUCAAGAUGGUGACUGUUCAAAGGCUUUAGUUGCUCUAACUUCUGAAGCUGCUUCUAUACCGUUGCGUAAGCUAAAGAAUGUAAGCCGCUUGCGGACAGAACAUCAAGCGUAUCAACUCCCUGAUGAACAUCCUCUUCUGGAAGGGAUUGACAAAAGAGUGCCUGAUGAUCCUUGUCCUUACCUUCUAGCUAUAUGGACGCCAGGUGAAACAGCUCAAUCUAUGGAGCCUCUAAAAUCAUGCUGUAGUAACGAAGGUGGUAAAUUGUGUGACAAUGCUACAUGCUUUAGUUGCAAUAGCAUACGGGAAGCACAAGCACAAACAGUCCGAGGCACAAUUUUGAUUCCAUCCAGGACAGCAAACAGAGGAAAAUUUCCACUAAAUGGCACAUAUUUUCAAGUUAAUGAGGUUUUUGCAGAUCAUUAUACUAGCCAUCACCCAAUUGAUGUUCCAACUCACUCGAUAUGGAACCUACCGAGGCGAACUGUUUAUUUUGGUAGCUCUGUGACAUCUAUAUGUCGAGGUCUUACCACAGAGGAAAUACAAUACUGCUUUCGACUAGGUUAUAUUUGUCAUCGAGCAUUCGAACGAGAGACACGAAUGCCGAAACCUCUAUGUCGAAGGUUACACUCUCCAGAUGGUCUAGGAAAGAAAAGUACUACUCAGAAGAAAACUAAACAGAAAUGAUAAGUUAAUGAGGGUUUUCCCAUAUUUAACUCUGAAGAGAACUGAAAAAAAAAACGCUAGUUAAACUGCACAUGCAUGAUGCACGUAACAGAAAAGUAAAUCACAAAAUAUUGUACAUACAUUUUGUACAGUUGUAAUAUAAAGUAUAUAGUUGUAUAUGCUUGCAGAUUCUGUUGGCAUGGCUCAUCGUUUUUGCCGCACGCCUGUGAUGUACACUCUUGACUAUAGGCUUGGUGUCCCCGUUUUUAUUAUUUAUUAUUUGGCUUCUGACAAAGAAUGUGCAUCAAGAUAUCACCCUCUUAUUAUAUUAUUCGAGUUGAGGGUGUGCAUGAAUGCCUUUGGAUUAGAUAUUUGAAACAAUUGCUCAAUUAAU